UGUGUUUAUUGCUGGCUUUCCUGAGUAUACACAGCCAAUGAUUGAUCAUUUAGUUAACAUGAAGAUUAACCACUGGGAUGGUGUUAUUCGAGAACUUUCAACCAAAGCUCUGCAUAACCUCACUCCUCGGGCUCCUGAAUACAUGGCAAAUGUGGUUUUGCCAAGACUUCUGCCUUUAUCAGUGGGCACAGAUCUGCAUACACGCCAUGGGGCAAUUCUUGCCUGUGCUGAGAUCACCCAUGCACUGUGUAAACUAGCAGAAGAGAAUAAUAGAUCUAUAACAUAUUAUUUCGAUGAAAAAUCAUUGGAGGGACUGAAGCAAAUCCAUCAAGAGCUUUGCAGUCGUCAGUUGUACAGGGGUUUAGGUGGAGAACUGAUGAGACCAGCUGUCUGUGCUUUAAUUGAAAAGUUGUCACUAUCAAAAAUGCCAUUUAGAGGAGAUCCAAUAAUCGGUGGCUGGCAGUGGUUAAUAAAUGACAGUCUAAGAAGUCUCCCUCAUGUUUCAAGCACUGCACAACAGCAUAUAAAGGAGUCUGCAGUCUCUGCACUGGCUGCGCUGUGUAAUGAAUAUUGCAUCAAUGAAAAGGGAGAAGCUGAUCCAGCUCUACAGGAUGAGCUGGUGACACGGUACAUUUCAGAACUACAAAACACAGAGGAAAUGAUUCGUUGUGGCUUUUCACGAGCUCUUGGGGCACUUCCAAGAUUUCUGCUAAAGGGCAGGCUCCAACAGGUUUUGGAAGGUUUGAAAGAAGUUACAUUAAUUUCCCCUGCCAACAUGAGCUUUGCAGCAUCCAGAAGAGAUGCACUAAUAGCAAUUGCAAAGGUUUGCCAGACAAUGGGUGUAAAGGGAGAAGGAUCCCAGGAAGAAUAUGUCUGCAAAGAUAACGUUACUCAGAUUUUUGCUACACUACUUAAUGGUGUGACGGACUACACCACAGACAGCCGAGGAGAUGUUGGAGGAUGGGUACGUGAAGCUGCUAUGACAAGUUUAAUGGAAGUGACGCUUCUGCUGGUUCAGAACGAAGUGGAGUUAAUUAGUGCCAGCAUCUGCAAACAGAUUAUGUGCUGGCUGGCUCAACAGUCGGCUGAGAAAAUCGAUAAAUUUCGAGCUCAUGCAGGAUCUGUGUUCCUUACUCUUUUACAUUUUGACCAUCCUCCAGUUCCACACAUACCUCAUCGAGAAGAGCUAGAGAGGAUAUUUCCAAGGUCAGAGAAAGAGACUCUAAACUGGAAUGCCGCAUCGGAAGCUUUCCCUCGUAUCACCCAGCUUUUGGGUUUGCCAACAUACCGAUACUACGUGCUUUUGGGUCUCUCUGUGUCUGUUGGUGGAUUAACAGAGACAACGCUCAGAUACUCUGCCCAGAGCCUUUUGGACUACAUGAAGAAAAUCCAGAACGAUUCUAGUGCUAUGGAGAGUUUUUGUGAGACACUGCUCAAGGUCUUUGAGGACAACCUGCGGAAUGACCGGGUGUCUGUACCUCUCCUGACAAUGCUGGACCAAAUGCUGGCAAACGGCUGUUUUGAUAUAUUUACCAUGCAAGAGAACCACCCCUUUGCAGUGAAGUUAUUUACCCUUAGUAAAGAAGAGAUCAAAAGAUCCAAAGACAUCCGGAAGCUUCGCUCCAGCAUAGGAGUGUUUUGUGGCCUGAUUCAAUUUCAAGGAGACAUGAGAGAGAACGUUUUAUUUCAGCUGUUUCUCCUUCUUUGCCAUCCGUUUCCUGUAAUACGGAAGACGACAGCCAGUCAAGUUUACGAAAUGCUGAUAACCUACAGUGACGUGGCGGAUCCUGCCAUCGUGGAUGAGGUUAUGACCAUACUCAGCGACACCAACUGGGAAGCGGAGCUGCCAGUAGUAAGGGAGAAACGCAACUGUCUCUGUGAUCUCAUGAAAGUGCCCAGACCGCAGCUGGUAUCCAAGCACCUCAAGGUGACCCGAGCCAGCGGAGCUUCUAAAGCACGUGUUGAACUGGCUCGUCGUGGUGUUACAUUAUGGGAGUCUGACAUCAGCCAGGUCUUCCCCGAGCUCAGCGUAAUGAAGCUGCAGGCGCUGCUGGUUUGUGAACUGAAGCUCUGGCUUCAGACGGUGCUACAGACCCAACCGUACUUGUCACACAGCCCCGACUCGGAGGACGCCCUGAGCCGCUCGCAGGGAAUGGCCGCGGGCCCCGAGCCACGUCGGACGGAAAUGGCUCUUUACACGGGCAGUGGUUGGAGGCUUUGCUUGAGGCACUGUCAAGGCUUCCCUGUGGUGACAGCCCUCGUGCAGUCUUACGGCCUGUACUUGAUGGUUGUGUACAUUAGAAACGAUUUAACAAUCAAACUGAGUUUGGUAAACAAGUGA